UGCUCCGCCAGCGGCGUCUCCGGUGCCCAUGGCUGCCCUGAGGCGCGCGCUGCAUCGCGCCGCUCCCUGGAGGGCGGCGCGCGGCCCCGGCACCGCCGACAAGAACGUGCCCUACGGGCAGACGCUCAGGGACGACGCCGGCGGCCAUGGUGCCGGCCCCACGCGCCCGCUGCCGCCCGCCGCCGCCGUGGUGGUGGUGGGGGGCGGCAGCCUGGGCUGCCACACCGCCUAUCACCUGGCCAAGAUGGGCGUCAGCGACGUGGUGCUGCUGGAGCGACACCGCCUCACUGCCGGCACCACGUGGCACACGGCUGGGCUGCUGUGGCAGCUGCGUCCCAGCGACGUGGAAGUGGAGCUGCUGGCCCACACGCGACGCGUGGUGAGCCAGGAGCUGCCCGAGGAGACGGGGCUACACGCCGGCUGGGUCCAGAAUGGCGGCCUCUUCAUCGCCUCCAGCAAGCAGCGGCUGGACGAGUACAAGCGGCUCAUGUCGCUUGGGAAGGUCUAUGGCGUGGAAUCCUACGUCUUGUCCCCCUCUGAGACCAAGGACCUGUACCCACUGAUGAACGUGGACGACUUGUAUGGCACACUAUAUGUCCCUAAGGAUGGCACCAUGGAUCCUGCUGGCACCUGCUCAACUCUUGCUAGAGCAGCAACUGCCAGAGGCGCUACGAUUAUAGAGAAUUGCCCAGUGACUGGUAUCCAGGUCAAAGUCGAUGAUAUGGGUGUGAAGAGAGUGUCUGCAGUAGAGACGCCCCAUGGGACUAUCCAGACUCCCUGCGUGGUGAACUGUGCAGGUGUGUGGGCCCCAACCUUGGGCCGAAUGGUGGGCGUCCACGUGCCGCUGGUGGCCAUGCACCAUGCCUACGUGGUGACGGAGCGCAUCGAGGGCAUCCAGAACAUGCCGAACGUUCGAGAUCACGACGCCUCGGUGUAUCUCCGUCUCCAAGGCGAUGCCCUUUCCGUGGGUGGAUAUGAGUCAAAUCCAAUAUUCUGGGAGGAGGUAUCUGAGAAAUUUGCUUUUGGCCUCUUUGAUCUGGACUGGGAUGUUUUCAUGCAACACAUUGAAGGAGCUGUCAACAGAGUGCCGGUGCUGGAGAAAACAGGGAUUAAAUCCACUGUGUGCGGGCCAGAGUCUUUCACAGCCGACCACAAACCACUCAUGGGUGAAGCCCCAGAAGUCCGAGGCUUCUUCCUCGGCUGCGGUUUCAACAGCGCUGGGAUGAUGCUCGGAGGCGGCUGUGGGAGGGAACUGGCUCACUGGAUCAUCCACGGGCGGCCAGAGAAGGACAUGUACGGCUACGACAUCAGGCGCUUUCCCCAUUCCCUGACCGACAACAACCGCUGGCUGCGCGAGCGGAGCCACGAGUCCUACGCCAAGAACUACUCCGUGGUGUUCCCCUAUGACGAGCCUCUGGCGGGACGCAACAUGAGGAAGGACCCCCUGCAUGAGGAACUGCUGCAACAAGGCUGUGUUUUCCAGGAGAGACACGGCUGGGAGAGGCCUGGCUGGUUCAACCCCAAGGGAGCAGCUCCGGUCCUGGAUUACGACUACUACGGGGCUUACAAGCGGCAACGGCACAGCAACUACACGUACAACGAGCUGCUGGGGGCCGAGUACACCUUCGACUUCCCCUCGCAUCACCACGUCAUCAAGAAUGAAUGCUUGACGUGCAGAAAUGCCCUGGCUCUCUUUGACAUGUCUUAUUUUGGGAAAUUCUACCUGGUUGGUCCUGAAGCGACAAAAGCAGCCAACUGGCUUUUCACCGCUGAUGUUUGCAAAGCACCAGGCUCCACCGUGUACACCUGCAUGCUGAACCGGCGAGGGGGUGUGGAGAGCGACCUGACGGUCAGUCGGAUCAGCCCGGGGAACCCGGCCUCGCCGCUGGCGCCCGCCUUCCAAGGGGACGGCUACUACCUGGCUGUCGGCGGGGCCGUGGCGCAGCACAACUGGUCGCACAUCAGCACGGUGCUGCAGGACCUGAAGCUGCAGUGCAGCCUCCUCGACUGCUCCGAGGAGCUGGGCAUGCUGAGCCUGCAGGGCCCGCUCAGCCGCACCGUGCUCCAGGACGUGCUCGACACGGAUCUCAGCAACGAGGCCUUCCCCUUCUCCACCCACAAGCUGGCCAAGGUGGCGGGAUGCACGGUCCGUGCCAUGAGGCUGUCGUUCGUGGGCGAGAUGGGCUGGGAGCUGCACGUGCCCAGGGCGGACUGCGUGAGGGUCUACCAGGCGGUGAUGAAGGCGGGCGCCCGGCACGGCAUCGCCAACGCUGGCUACCGAGCCAUCGACAGCCUCAGCAUCGAGAAAGGGUACAGGCACUGGCACGCAGACCUGCGCCCCGAUGACACCCCCCUCGAAGCGGGCCUGGCCUUCACCUGCAAGCUCAAGUCGGACAUUCCCUUCCUGGGACGCGAGGCCGUGGAGGCUCAGAAGGCUGCCGGCCUCACCCGCCGCCUCGUCUGCUUCACCACCGAUGAGAAGGUGCCCAUGUUCGGCCUGGAGGCCGUGUGGCGGGACGGCCAGGUGGUCGGCCACAUCCGCCGGGCGGAUUUCGGGUUCGCCAUCAACAAGACCAUCGCAUACGGCUACAUCCGUGACCCCGCCGGGGGGGCGGUCUCGCUGGACUUCGUGAAGAGCGGCAGUUACGAGCUGGAGCGCAUGGGAGUCACGUACCCGGCCCGCGCACACACCAAGUCCCCCUUCGACCCGGACAACAAGCGCGUGAGGGGCAUUUACUGAGCGGCAGGGCCGCAGCCGUGGGCGAUGUGGUGCUGCCAGCGGGGGCAAGGGGAGAGGGAAAAUGUCCAGGGAAGCGGGCUGUGGAAUUCCCAGGUCCCUGAGUAUCCCAGGAGGUUUCCGGGAUGCUGGGGAACGGGGCGAAGCUGCAGCCUGCAGUGAGCGCCUGAGCAAAUUUGGGUCAAAUUAAAGGGGAAGAAGGAAAAGAGAUUCCGGAAAGGCUGAGGAUUCUGUUUCUGUGCUUCCUAAAUGAGGCUGGGUCACUCUGGCGAUAAUUCUUUUCCAUGGUGGACCUUAAAGCCAUGUUUCCCUUGGCUGUAAAAGAAAUGUUUUCAAUUUUUUCCUUUCCUGAAACCCUUUCCCCUCACUCGGAUGGAGUUCGGUGUUUGGAACUAUGAAAUGUAGCUGCCUGCAAAUGGAUUUUUUAAUUACCUUCCUGCUCUUAAUACAGCUGUAACCUCC